CUAUCUCGCCUCCUCCAUUCGCUCACUGCGCUCCCGUCCUCUGCGCGGCUCGUGUCUCCGCCUGCUCCCGUGCGUAAGAGCGCACCCGAAGGAUACGCAAAGCGAUGCACUCCUCAAAACGCCAAAAAAAUCUGCGCCUGCAAACGCCUCAGUGAGAGACCAACAAACGCGCAGCGGAAAGCGCGCGUCGGAGCGCUGUUAGUUUACAUCAAGUUCAUUUCACGGAGACCGAUUUUGUUCUGCCCGUUGCGCCUCUCUCUUGUGGAUGAUGAUGUGGUAAUGAAGAUGUCCGUCGGCGCGGAUGACGGUGCGUUGCUUUUUGGAUGCGUGUUUCUGGACUUUUCAGCAUAUCAUGACCGCGCGCCCUUUCCCCUCUCUCCAAGUCUUUUCGUGUCUGCGUGAAGUUGAACGGCGGAGGAAGCACGAUGAAAGGGAAAUACUUUCUGCUCGGCUUCUUGUUACUCAAACUUAUGGCUCUCGUGUGCAAGGCGGACGGGGAGCCGGGACUGCUCGGCGGAUUCGUCAUGAUCGCCACCUCCAACGGCUCCAGGGAGGAGGAAAGCUUGUCGGAGGAGACCCCGCACACGGAGGACAAGUGCCGGGGUUACUACGACGUGAUGGGCCAGUGGGACCCGCCGUUUAUCUGCAAGACGAGCGACUAUCUGUACUGCUGCGGCACCUGUGGCUUCCGAUUCUGCUGCUCCCUCAAGCACUCGCGGCUGGAUCAGAGCACCUGUAAGAAUUACGACACCCCGGUGUGGAUGAAGACCGGACAGACGCCCUACAAAAAAAUCAGCAAGAUCGCCGACAGCACAAAAGACAAGACGAACUUAAUUGUUUACAUCAUAUGUGGAGUAGUGGCCAUCAUGGCCCUCGUGGGGAUUUUCACCAAAUUAGGGCUGGAGAAGGCGCACCGGCCUCAGAGAGAGAACAUGACCAGGGCUGUCGCCAGCGUGCUGCAGGGCGGGUGUCCAGGUGAGCAGUAUCGCGGGGAGGAGGCCCUUGGGAUGCACACGCAGCACUAUGUUUCCAGGGCCACAAACCUCCAGGGCGGCCAGAUCAACAACAACUUGGGACCGGGAUCCAACAUGGGCCAGCAGCACCCUUACCCUGCCCUCAACCAGCUGGCACACGUCUACGAACACCAGCAGCAGCAACAGCAGCAGCAGCAGCAGCAGCAGCAGCAGCAAAACAAGGAUCUCAACAAGUAUGCCUCCCUGAAAGCUGUGGCUGCCAAGUACAACGGUGAAGUCUACAACAAACGCCGGCUGAUGGUGGAGCUGCCAACGAAGGGUGGACUUCCUCUCCAGCCGAUGGGAAACUCAAGACCCUCUAUGGGCAACAUGCCAUCAAUGACCCCUCCGAUGACUACCAACCCCAUGGCCUCAAACCAAAUGGCCUCCAAUCCCAUGAACUCCAACAUUACCCAGAUGACCUCCAUGACAUCUAUGAUGCCAAUGACCUCCAUGACCCCUAUGACUUCCCACGCCCAGAUGACCUCCAUGGUGCCUAUGACCUCCAUUACCCCUAUGACCUCCCUGGGCCCACUGACUCCAGAGCCAGUGGCCACCUAUGUCACUGAGAUGUCCAAUAUCUCUUCAGUCUCGACCCUCCCGACAGAACGGCACAUGGUCGGUGUCGGAGGAGGAGGGGGACUCAAGCUGAACGGCCAGAAACUCAAAGGCGUCCAUGGUCACGUGGGCCACAGCUCUCACAGCUCGCACAGCUCUCACACUCACAGUCAUGCGCACAGCCACAGUAGCAAGCCGCCAGGACUUGGGGCUACCUCCCUCGCACACAUGGCAGGGACUAUGCCAGGUGGCACGUCCCUGGGUAUCUCCAGAGCCGCAGAGACCGUUAUUGGCUCCAGCUCGGCUACUAUGGGCCGUCCAAUGGCUUACAGUUCCAACACAAUCGCGGCUGGGCAUUCAAUGGGGCUAGGGCUGAAGGCCUGGGACGGGACUGAGACGGUGGGCCGGAGGAAGACCUACGGGCACAAGAGGCCUCAGUGCACCGUGCUUGAGCCCAACCAGCUUCACAGCACCAGAGGCCACAGCCACAGUCAACACUUCCUCCCCACACAGCCUUACUUUGUGACCAACAGCAAGACAGAGGUGACUGUGUGAGAGAGGACGACUGGGAGAAGAAGAAGGGGGAAAGGAUGCAUGUGGAGUGACGGCACAAAUAAUGUCUGAGUGGAGACACCAACCCUGGCUUGGGCAACAGUGCAGAUCUAUGAAUGUGUUUGUGUGGCUCGUUGGUAUACUGGUGAAUGUGGUGGGACUGUGAAUCAGAGUUGUCCUCGCUUCACAAACAGAAUUCACCAAUCCAAUCACUAAACAGACUUUUGUUGCCAAACGGAAGGUGGCAAAGUUGGUGGCAUCUGUAACCAUAACUUCAAAGAGCCUACGGAGGAGGGCUUGUGUACCCUUGUGGGGAUACUACGGUAUACGGUAUACGGUAUGCUGGAUGAAAACAACAAUCUGAGCAUUAGAGUACAACACACAGAUGAUUUAGUGAGAAACUGCUGUUGGGAACAAAUAAAAAACAAGGACUUGCUUUACGAAUCAAAGCUGAAAAGCAAUAUAAGGGAUUAAAUCACUGAAGUUGGAAGGAACACAGUAAGUUUACCUACAAACCUUGCAACGGCAGGGCAUACCUACAAACCUCUGCCCAACAGAGCGUUGAAUGGCUUGGAAGAAAUAACAUUCCCAUGUGAUUCAUACCCCCGAAUCUCUCGAAGGCUGUGAAACCUGAUGAUCACUGGGCUUUGGACUGCAGACCCCCACGGCUUUGUACUGUGGCUAUUCAGAAGGGCCUUCAUAAGAUCUGCCGCUGAAGGUCGCCCAUUUUCCACAAGGCCUCAGCACACAGAAUGGAGGCUGUCACGUUGGCAUUGUUCUGUUCUGAUCUUGUCUGUGUGGUGACAGCCAGCCCAGUGGAGGGACGAGGAGGCAACGAGGCGGCAUGUGGAUGAUGCUGCAGCUAGCAGAGGCUCCACGGAGCAUGAUUCUCGUGUACGCACAUACAUUCACGCACAUGCAGAAACAUAUUUUACUCUAACGCAAAGAAACACAUACUGUAGAAAUAUUGCACACCAGGGUGCGACCAACAUGGCUUCUUAAAGAACGGUACCAUCAUACGUACGGAUAGCUGGCGUAUUUGUCAACAUUAAAAUGGACUUUUUGCAUUUCAAAAAUUCUGUUCAGUGUUUCUGCAAACUCAUAUUCUGAGCAGUGACUUUGGAUUCCACAGUUCAAAUUUAACUUUCAGAAAAUGUCGGAAUGAUCCACCAUAUCCAAUUAUGUCUAUAUGAAGCCACAGCCAGUAGUUUGUUAGCUUAGCGCAAAGACUAGAAACGGGGGGGGAAACUAGCCUAGUUCUCUCCUACAACAAUAACAAGAUAUAAGCAUCUCAAAACUCAUUAAAAUACUUAUAUAUCUAGUUGUUCAUUUUUCAAAUGUGAACAAACUGUACCAAAAUAUAAACUUUGUGGUUCAUCUGCUAUUCAUCUGUUUUCGCAGUAACUUCCUGGAGUCUUAUUGUCUUCGUAAGGUUGUCCGGCAAAAUUGAAAGAAUGAAUGAAAAGGCAAUUCUAAUGUACCUCUGGUCAGGACAGCACACAUAAAAUAUCGGUCAAUCGAGGGCAAUAUAUGGUUUGAUUGACCAAAUGGCAGCGUUGGCUUUUCAGCAUUUUAAUUCUGCCCAGAUUUUUGCACAAGAUGUUAUACUUCUCUAGUUUUAGACAAAGGAAUUUGGAUUGAAUUUGACUUAAGAGGAAUGAAAAGUCAGACUGACUGACUGAGGAAUGAAAAACAUUAUUUUUUAAGCUGGUGAAAAAAACCUUCUGCCAGGAGAAAGGAUUUAUUAGAUCCCUCACAGGCUCAGAGUCCUAGCUGAAUAAAAAUAAGCAGAAAAAAAUAACCAUUUGGGUGACAUGAGUUCAAAAUACAUACAAAUAAAAGUCUGACAAACAGGUCAAAUCCUUUUUACGGGGUCAGAUUUUAAUCAGAAAACACAUUGCAACAUUAAAACAGAAUAAAAAGUAAUUACUCAUCAAAAUUCUGGUCAGAGAACCAUUUUGCUUUACAGUGUGCAGCAUGCUAUAAAUGUGUGUGCCGGUCAAACCAAUGCACAAAUAGUCAACGUUAAAGCAUGUACAUGUAAGAGAGCUGCACAAAACACUGGAUUUCACUCCGUCACAUUUGACUGCGAGCUCCAGCAGAGCUACACUUAGUUUUAGUUUCACUGCGUACCUACAAAUGUAGAUCUGAGGUACAAAUAGGUUUCGGUGUCUGAAUCGGUCGAGCGUAAGAUGAGGGGGGUGGAACCCCCUGCUGCCUCCAUGGUCACAUGACUGGAAACAAAUUGAAAGCACGAAAGAGGAUUUAAGAAGUCAUCAGAGCAUUAAAAUGUGUCAUCUUUACACCCACAAACCAAAACAUACACACACUCACACCGAAAACAUUACAAGGUGGAUUCUGCUUUCCCACACUGCCGAGCGGCAGCCGUCAUCGCAGCAGGGACAUAAAAGAGCCAGUGCCGUUACUGCUCUUGUUGUAUAUGAAACUGUAAAACUCCAGACAUGGCCCUUUGUAGCGAUACCUUAUUAUGCUUUAUACAUAGCCUCCCUCUGAAGUUCUUGCUUUCUUGUCUUUUUCUGCUUACUUGAUUAUCCCCCUUUUUCUUCUUUGCUCCCUCGAUGUCUGAACAGGGCUGUGAUGAAUCUCUUCAUUGAUAGUGGAGUACACGUCGCCAUGAGACGGUGAAUAAAAGUAAUUCACCCAACACCUCGGUUUUCCCCCAUGUGCAUUGUUUGAGCAGAAAAUAUAAGUGAUUGAUUCUGUGUGCCAAAAAAAAUGUAAUUCAGUCUGCAGAACCAUUGUGUGUCUUCUUGAACACUGCACACAUUUCAUACUUUUUCCGUGUAUGUGUGUGUGUGUGUGUGUGAGAAUCCAACUGGCAUUGAUUAUUGUCCCUGAUGAAGUCAAAAGUCCAACAAACUAGCCAAACAAAAUGAAGCAUAUGUAAUUACAGUUCACAAUAUAAUUCUCCUUUUCGUAUUAAUUUCCGCCUUUUCUUUCCAGCUGGUGGUUUUGUUUGCGUUCAGUUCAGAAUCCGGCCAAUGUCUGCUGAGGAUGUGAAUUCUCUGAACAUAUUGACAUAAUCAAGCGAUGCGUAAAUGUGGAACAUGAGCCCUCCUUGCCAUCACGUGCCGCUGCGUCCUUAAUGGCCAUUCAGCCCUGCAAGAGCAGCCACUGAGCGAUUUGUGAGCAAGCUGGGCAUUUUGUAAACAAAACAAGGACAACAACAACAACAAAAAAACACCUCAUCCAUUACGGUCCGUCCUGAAUAAACCCUGUUAGAAAGUGGGGGAUUGGUUAAGCUUGCAGGGUCGCGGUUGAUAGGGUCACAGACGAGGGGGUUCAGGCGGCAGCAAUGUCUGACAUCCUUCAUCAGACGAGUUCGUCAGACAAAAAAUGUCACAGCAAAGACUGAAGGACGCGCCAAAGAGCGCCAGUGGGAGCUCCGGAGCAGUGAUCAUUCAUCAUUCAUAUGGCCGAGUUUUUUCUACAGCUUGGCAAUUUAGUGAUAGAUUUGGAUAUAUUAUAGCUAGUGGCUACACAUACUUCAAUAAUAUGUACAUUUAGUGUCUAAUAAACAAAUAUCAAACCUGCCAAUUCCAAAGAAACAGAGGAAAAUGAGCAGGAUUUAUUAUAAACAUCCAUAUAAUAUUGUUUGGGUGCAGGGAGACCUACCGACGAAGUAAUUCUGAUUUUAAAAGAAAUCUGAAUAUCUUAUGUGCAAUACUGAGUGAAAUGUGAAUUUGCGCUGCUGCCUAAACCGAGUUACAGACUGAAGGGUUGUUGCCACAGAUGUGUCUUCAAUUAGCAUUAUUUCUGUUUGCUAACAAACUUUUCUACCGACAGUAACUCAUUGAUUAUCUCUGAAAGCUAAAACUAGCAAAAAUACCGUGACUGAUUAGCGCUAGCAUGUUUUCAACAGCCAUGGUAGCAAGCCAAUGACGCUAAUGACCUCUAGAACAUCUAGAAUGUGGUUCAUUCAUUCUAGUCAAUGAAAACAUUCCCUCCAGCUGGCAUCCGUAUAGUAACCGACAUUUCUCCCCUUCACCUCUUAGUGACUCUCUACCGAGACACGAGUUCCAAAAUUAGGAAUGACCUCUCAGUGGGAAUUGAAUUGCCCCAAAACCGUUUAGGUCCUGAUUGCGAUAUCGCGGCAUCUCCGAGGUCUUUCUGCGUCAUUCCCUUUUUUCCUGCCUGGAUGGUAGUCAGAGCACCGGGGAAAUUGGCCUCAUUAUAGGAAUCAGACGCGUGUUAGAGGUUCACCGGCACACUGAUCAUCCACAGGGAGCCGGAGUAGGGCCAGUGAAGCAUGUUGAGUUGGUGUGCCGUUAACGCUCGGACCCGACUCGCUUUGGCCUCGUUUCAAGGAUGCAAUACUUUGUCUUUACACCCAUCUUGGGUUUGCUUUCCUGAGUAAGUGACGAAUAGAAACACAAACUGCAGUUCGGCCUCGGGGGAUUUGUCUUCUCGAUUUACUUUGCUGUGAAGCAUCGCAGACCAGCUAUUUCGGGACAUAAGCUAACCAGCUGCCGGCCGUUUGUUGAUUUCAAAUGAUUUGUUUUGCUGCAUAUUUUUUCUUUGGCCUAGUCCCUCCUUCUACACUGUCUUCUUUGUUACUGCUGUCAUAUGUGUCCUCCAAUGCACUUCCUUUUACCCAACAGUAAAGAGCUUUACUGAAAAAUACGCCCAGAUUCUACCCCAACCAUGAAGUCAAAGUCUCUAGAGCGACUAUAAUGAUCCCUGUCUGCCUUCCCAACAUUGCCAGUUGUGCUGUCUGGGUCCAAUCCGGUUCUCUGCGACAGAACUUUUCAGCGCCGCAUUGCCUGAGCUCCCUGCCACUCACUGCCAUAAAGCCACCACUGUGCUCAUUUUAUACAGGCUUAAACUGUCGUACUUUGAGUAUUUUCUCGGUCUGUAUUCUUUUUAGAAAAGCAAACGGCAAUGAAAUGUCUUUGAAACCAGACAGGACCUGAACAACUCACCCACCUUCCCUAUGAAAUGUUAACGAGCAACAACAGGGCCGACAAUUACUUAAGCGUACCCCCGAAAGACCCCUCCAGCUUCAUUGAGUGGCAGGUGGGAUGUGAGUGGUAUGCGAAACCCCUCCUGCUUUAACAAAUAGCAAAAGCAACGCCAUAGGACUAGUGCUUCUUUCUACUGUUAAAAAAACCACACAGUUGAACAUCUACAGGGAAUGUUGGAUAAGAGAGACGAAGGAGCCCUACUGGGACCACUGGCCAUGGGGGCUUUACCAGUUUUCACUGUGGUCUUUAAUCACCGGCAACCCAGAGUGUGGAGAGCUUUGGUGCUCGGAUGAGGACUCAACUCACAGUGGCCCACAAAGACAGAGAAGGGACUUAAUGUCAACACCUGAUGGGGGCCGGGGGGGCUUUGAAUUAUUGAUUUUGCCCCAUUUGCAUAGCUGUGAAUCAGAGAUUACUGCUGCAUCUCUCUCUCACACACACUUUAUGUUGUGACAGUAUUGUUAGAAACUCUCAUGCUUCUUUUGAUUAUUAAUCCCGCGGCUCUCCAGAACCCCCAAAACAAACGUAUUCCUCGCGACGGAUUGGCCGUUCCUAACGUGCACUGGAACGUGUAUUUGUCAGCUGCUUUUGGGCUGAGUGUUUGUUUACACUGUGUAUCCCAAUCGAGAUGAAGAUGGGAAGUGUGGAUUGUUCUCCACGUCACACUGAAUCGGGACAGCGACGUAGUCUGUGAAUAUUCUUUUCUUGGUGGAGAGGUGUUGAAGAAAGUACUUUCUCCCCUUAAUCACAAGAGAUGAAAUGCAAAUACUCUAAUAAGCGUACUUGCGCCUCUAAUGGAAGUAAGCAGCAGCGUUUUCAUGGUUAAAAAGUGCAGUAUGUACAGUACAUGUGGGAUGACACUAAAGGGCUUGAACACAAGUUGCAUUUUUAACAGGUUUUCCUCCACUCUUUUCUUUCGUAUCCUUUAACUGUUUGCUGGAUAGCGGCGUAAGAUGUGCAGCCUACGAGCAUCAGCACGGGCAAAGAAAUCCAUGCAUCAGUACAUUAUAUAAAGGGUUCUCAUCAGCUACGUUUGCCACUUUGUAUGACAUCGGCCUUGUUGUUUUCAACCAUCCAGAGCUUCUGCACACAGAGACGGAGGAGAUGCAGUGUUUGUUGUCCAGUGACGCUCGCCAGCCCUUUUAAAAGGGUUUUGCUCCAAUGUGUAUGAUUAUUUUUUAUUCAUAUAUUAAUGAACCUAUAUUAAAUAUACUUGCUGUUAGAGUUAACGGAAGGACAUCAAUGACAACGGGAGGGAAAAGAACACUGGUUAUUGACCUCGGCUAAGGACUCAAUAAGCUAUCUGCGAUAUGACUGCUAUCCUUUUAUAGAAUAACUCAUUUUCGUGAUCAUGCAUUACACACAAAGUUAUACGAGAUCCAAUUUUCUAUUUUUGAUGUUCAGGCCAGUUUGUGGUAUUUAUGCAUAUGUGUAUAUGGAUACAUAUAUAGUCCCAACACUGCAUUUAUGCGUAAGUAGUGAGACAUAUUUUCUAUGGUAGAUGCCAUCUCACACUUUUGUUUGCACAUAGCUUCUAAUAUGCACCGUGAUGACCAUUGUCCUUUUACUGUGUACUGACUAUAAUUUGUGACAUUAAGUUCUGAAAAAGCUGUAUUUUGGUACUAUUCAGAUAUUGUUAGAAAAAGAGAUAAAGAAGAGGUUUUGUCCCAGGAAUAUAUUACCAUAGUGUUUCUAUGAAUUUUUAUGUUUCAUUUAUUUUGGGAAGGGAUGAUAGGUAUAUUUUUGUUCUUCUUUUGUUGAUAAUUUGCCAUCUGACAGUAUAUCACCAUUGUUCUAUAUAAGACUUUCUUACGUGGCAAUAAAAGAUGACUUCUGUAAAAAAAAAAAAAAA